AUGAUAGGGCGGCGUCUGCCGAUGAGGCAACAACGGAAAAAUGGAUCGGAGUCGCAACAGGCAGCGGAGUCGCAACAGGCAGCGGGAUCGGCUGGUGCGAACGAGUCGCAACAGCCAGCGAUAUCGGCUGGUGCGAACGAGUCGCAACUGGAAGCGGGAUCGGCUGAGGAUCGGAGUCGCAACAGGCAGCGGGAUCGGCUGGUGCGAAUGAGUCGCAACAGGCAGCGGGAUCGGCUGGUGCGAACGAGUCGCAACAGGCAGCGGGAUCGGCUGAUGCGAAUGAGUCGCAACAGGCAACGGGAUCGGUUGAGCCUCGAAAUCGAUCUCGCUAAAGCCAGCGGGCCUACUACAACCGUUACUCAUCCCUUCUCGACGUUGGAGCCAUAUCUCACUAUCACCUACCUCCAGGGAGCGAAGAAUAAGGUUGCAGACGCGCUGUCUCGACACCCUCGGCACGGUAGUGGGGAGCAUAACAGAGUAGAAAAUAUACUCGCUACAAUGGUUCAACAGCAAGAGACCCCGGGAGCACAGCCUCGUUAUUCGACUCGGCUUGUUACGGGAUCGGCGUCACAUCCUGACUUCCGAGCGAUGAUAGGGCGGCGUCUGCCAAUGAGGCAACAACGGAACAAUGGAUCGGAGUCGCAACAGGCAGCGGAGUCGCAACAGGCAGCGGGAUCGGCUGACAGAGACCCGCGGUUCCAGUCUCAGCUAUGGCAGCUUCUAUGUCAGAGAUUUCAGAUCAAGCGGGCUAUGUCUUCGUCUUACCAUCCGCAAACGGAUGGCCAGACCGAGCGACUCAACCGCACUUUAGAACAGAUGCUUAGAACAUACAUUCAGACCGACGAGAAAGACUGGGAGCGUUUGUUGCCGGCUCUGGAACUCGCUUAUAACACGACCUCACAUUCGUCGACUGAACUCAGCCCUUUCGAGGUUAUGAUAGGGCAAAACCCAGUGACGGCAGCAGACAUGGACAUUAUAGGAGACCUUGCACCCACGCUCACACCCCCAAUGACGAAGCUUAUACCUGAUCGGCCACGGGACCCAGAAAUGCAAUCCAAGGAGGCAGCAGUGGGGUGGCUGCCUCUCAAGGACAAAGACGGCCUUCCAACGGACAUUAUUAUAGGAGACCUUGCACCCACGCUCACACCCCCAAUGACGAAGCUUAUACCUGAUCGGCCGCGCGACCCACAAAUGCAAUCCAAGGAGGCAGCAGUGGGGUGGCUGCCUCUAAAGGACAAAGACGGCCUUCCAACGGACAUAUAUGAAGUGGAUUAUAUACUGAACCAACGAGGCUCCGGCAAGGACGUACAGUAUCUAGUUAAAUGGAGGGGAGCCCCUGAAGACCGGGCCACCUGGGAACCAGCGUCUAACCUAACCAAUUGCGCGGCACUACUUAGGGCCUGGCGUCGCUACUAUAAUAAAGUAAGGUCUCGGCAGGGGUCCAGCAACAGCUAG